AGGCUGGUGGUGGACCGCGGGUGGAGAAACUCACUCCUCGUCCGCCCGCUACGCUCCCAACACUCUUUAUACCACCGACGGUCCCUCCUCCUAGCCUUGGCCACACAGCUGGGUAUACAAGACUGUGUGUGUGUUGUAUUGUGUACAGUGCUCUGCUACAGUGAGAGGGGGAGACAAUGGACACCCCGGACCACUAGCAAUGGAACCAUUGUGGAGUUUAAACCUUGCGCGCGUCCUGCUUACUCAGUCCAUCAGGAGGGCGGCGGAGGAGCGGCGGAGGGUAUAUAAGACACAUCCAGCAUGGCGGUGUGUCAGUUGAGUGCUGUCGCCGCCGCUACCAUGGUGGCUCUGGUCCUUGCUGCCGCCAUCGCCACCCUCACCUCUGUCAUCACCGCCCACGAGCCUGUCACGCCAGGCAAGAACUGCUAUAGAAAAUGUGUGGAAGGAGACACACGAACCUGUCAUUUCCACUUCGACGUUCAUGCUUACCAGACGAUGUCCAGGGCUUGCUACGGGUGCCCUAAGAACGCGACGGACUGCGGAAGGCCGGAGUGUAUCCCUGGGGACGGUGUCAAGCGGCGGAUUGUUGUUAUCAACAAGCAGAUGCCCGGUCCCCCCAUCCAGGUAUGCCUGGGUGAUCGCAUAGUGGUGGAUGUCAAAAACUCAUUACAUGAUGAGAGUAUAACAAUGCACUGGCAUGGUAUAACCAUGCAGGGACCCAUUAACUCUUAUGGAGUUCGAACUCCGGGAACGCCUCAUAUGGAUGGAGUUCCCGGCGUCACACAGUGUCCCAUUCAUUCUGGGACAUCUUUCAGAUACACGUUCUAUGCCUCCGAGCCGGGCACUCACUUCUACCACUCACACACAGGAUUUCAACGAGCCGAUGGUGCCUUUGGUGCUCUUAUUGUGAGGCAGCCUCCGGCACUGGACCAGAAUCAUAACACCUUUGAUUACGACCUUCCUGAACAUGUGAUUUUGUUCCAUGACUGGUUACACAUCCCCACACAGGAUAAAUUUGUUCUCAGACAUCAUGGAGGUGAUGAUGAUUUUCCCAAUUCGAUGCUGGUGAAUGGUCAAGGUCCUCAUCAGCAUAUGAAUGCCACAUUACUCUCAACUUUAAUUCCAUAUAAAAGAUUCAAAGUCACACCAGGUAACAGAUACCGUAUGCGACUGAUCAACACUGCCGUUCUCAACUGCCCCAUCGUAGUGGCUAUUGAUCAGCACGUGCUGACCGUUAUUGCUUCUGAUGGAUACCCAAUAGUGCCUCUUAAUGCUACUUCCUUGGUAGUUUAUCCAGGUGAGCGGUGGGACGUUGUGGUUGACGCUGGUGUCGGCAGAUCUGGAACAUUCUGGAUGAGCUUCAUGGGAGGCGUUGACUGCGCAGAAACAGAAGCUCACCAGUUUGCUCUUUUGGAAUACGAGACUCCGAGUAGUGUAGUGUACGAGUCUCAAAGCCCUGUAGUUAAGGGCAAAUUUAAUACUCGGCAAGAGUACAUUGAUGAUCUCGCAUUGCUUCGUGACAUGCCACCUAAGCCAAAGUUCACUGAAGUUCCACCUAAGGGAGUUCAAGUCAACAGUAUUAAUAGUGCGUGCUAUGAAGACCUCGUAUGUGUGGCCCACCUGAGAUCACCAAACCCAUUACCACAGGAAGUGAACGUUCCAAGGGCAAACUUCACCAUUUAUCUAGCUUUUGAAAUGCGCAGGAUACAUAAUGCUCACUUCUACUCCAAAAUUUAUUAUAAUUUUGAUUUAGUUGAAGAUAGCCAGCAAAUCCCAACACCCCAGAUCAACAACAUCUCCUUCGUGCAUCCAGCUAGUCCUUUGAUCCUUACUGGUGAAAAUGAGGGGGAGCAAGUCUGUAAUGCAGACUUUCAACCGCCUGCCAAGAACUGCAAUGAUGAUUACUGCGAGUGCCUCCAUAUGUAUACCAUUCCCCUGGGGUCAAUUGUUGACUUGGUGAUGAUUGAUGAAGGGCAAUAUGGAGAUGAGAACCAUCCUAUUCACCUUCAUGGGCAGUCCUUCUGGGUGCUUGGGCAAGACCGCCCUAUUGAUGUUGAUGAUGCUAACAUUACCAGAAGUCAGGUGAUGGAAAUGGACCAGAAAGGUCAGUUGGUAAGAAACUUUGACCAUCCAGUUUACAAGGACACAGUCACCAUGGCUGAUGGAGGCUACACAAUUGUAAGAUUUCAUGCAACUAAUCCAGGAUACUGGUUGCUGCACUGUCACCUAAUAUUUCACUCUGUUGCGGGAAUGAACUUGGUCUUUAAAGUUGGAGAAGAUCAUGAAAUUCCUCAGGCCCCACCAGAUUUUCCUUCAUGCGGUAAUUUCAAAGGUUCUGAACUUUAAGAUAAAAUCUCUAUUCAUGUUGAAAAAGCAAAAUUUGAAAUACCAUUGUUCAACAGAGAUGUGAUUUAUUAAUAUGCAGUACUAUAUCUUGCUGUAUUAUAGUAAGUGUAGCAGAAGAGAUGGUGAUAGUCUGUGAUUUAUAUCCAGUGGAUAUUUUGCUUUCUUUAAAAGGUGAGGCAAUACAUUUUGGUUUUCUGGCACACAAAAUCUUAUUUAAUGAUUCUAAAAACUUUGAACGUGAAAGGAUUAAAUGAAGAUCUCUUUGUACAUGUAUUUUUCAGAUGCAUUGCAACUAGGUUAAAAUUAUUGUGCAGCUGUGUUCUAUGAACAUUUACUAUAACAAAGUUUUUUUUAACUAAAAUUAUAACUGUCAAUGAUAGUGCACAGAAAAUUUAUAUUGUGAAAUAUAGGUUGGAAAUAAUUUAAACUAUCAUAGCAAAAUUUAAUUAAAUAAAAUUAGGAAAGAAUUUGCAAUUUAAACCUUGAAAGUUAAUGUAUCUGGCUGACUGGGUGUGACUGGUUGUGAUAAUGUAUCUGGCUGACUGAGGUGGGUCUGGUCAUGAAAUAUCAACACCAGUGUAUCUCAAACUUGGUUAUAUGGUAUAAUUUUAGAAAGACAAAAUGAUGUUCAAACAGUAUGUGGCAGUCAAAAAUAUGUUGAUAAAUAUUUUUAAUUUUUUUAAACUUUUUAAUUACCAAACAGUAUACAGUAAUACAAAAUAUGAUACUUUAAUAAAAAAAAUACAGUAUACAAAUAAACAAAGUUUAUUACCAAAAUAGUCACAUAAUAGGUGCUUUAUAGUCAUAAGGAAAAUAUACUGGACUGUUUGUUUAACACCAGAGUAACUUUUCAACAAAUGGCAACUGUCGUGCUUGAAUUUCUUUGAUUAAGACUGGAAUGUAAACAAAGAGACCCAAUAUAUUAAUUAGAUAUAGCAGGUUAUGUGGUAUGAUAUGACAAUUUUCUUUAACCCUCAAACUGUACAGCCACUUAAAGGUACUACAUAAAGGUGCGCUUGUUUCAAAAUAGUUAACAAAUCAAAUGGAGAAUAAUCGCACAUGGAAAUUACAAAUAGCAAUUGGAGCAGUGUAGGGUUAAGAUUGUAAGACGCCAGCUGUGAUGAGUGAAUUACUCUUAACGUAUGCCAGCUAUGAUCUUUAUGGCCUCUCUAUUAUUAUUAUUAAGGUGAUAUAGAUAUUUAUGUACUGAUGUUAACAGUCGAUUUCAGCACAUAAUUAUAUUUUUUAAGAAAAGUCUGAAUAGUAAAACUAAAGAGAAUUAUUUCAUUUCAUGCCUUUAACUGAAUUUGAUAAUUAUUUUAAAACUGUCUAUCACAUAUUAUGAACAAUUUCCAAAUAACAUAGGAUGUAUAUAAUAUAGAGGUUUCAAGCAUUCCAUUUUUAUUAAUUUCAGGGCAGUAUUAAUAAAUUCAUUUGGUACACAGCUUUUCAUUUACUUUUUAUUAUUGACAGUGUUUAAAUGUUUUAAAUAUUAAACCAUCUUUCCCUUACAAGCAUCAAAGCACCUGAACUGCUCUAUGUUAAAUGUUAUACUACUUCUGUGCUCAAUGAUAGAAUCGCACAGUUACAUGCUACAAAAAUACCAUGAAAAGCUUAUAAAAUUUAAUAUGUUUUGUCUUCAGAAUUGUACACUGUAAAAUCCCAAUUAUGUCAAUGCAACUUAGCCCCUAAAUGGCACAGCUAUUUAGAAAUACUGCAGUAUAUCAAGGUGCAUAUUAACAAAUUGUAAUAAAUUGAAUUGGAAAAUUCUCAUAUAGUGGCUGGAGAAGUGUGAGGACUAAGGUAGUCUUCGGUAAUCUUGUAUUAUGUCUUCAAGGUCUGGAAUGUGAUAAUAUUUUGAUGUACCGUAUUGUACAGUAGUGUGAAUUACAGUGUAUAUGAAACCAUAUUAUGUUUCCCUGUACACAGUGCUUAUCAACAGUAUGAUUGAUUCUGAGAUUGUUUUGAUUUUAACAAAUAAAGCACGUGUUGGUAGUUAAGGUUAUGCACAUCUAACAUUUAACAUUUUUUUACUCCAUAACCUCAUGAUAGAAAAUAAUAUUUAUGUACAUUUUAAUCCUUUGACUGUGUAAUUACAUUUAGUGCACUGUUUCUGCGAGAAGAUUUGUGAAUCCAUAAUGUAUUUAAAGCUUCUAAAAUAAAAGUUUUUAUAAAAACAAAUUAAGUGAAAGAAUAAAUGCUCCAACAGACUCGGUACUAAGCCAAAAUAGUUAAUAAUAAAUGUCUUUAAACUACAUUAAAUUAAGUGCAUUUUAGAUAAAAAAAAUAUUAUUUAUCUGAAAUAAAUUAUUUUAAUCUUCAUUACACUUCUCAUGAAAACAAUGUUCUUUAUCUACCAUUAGAAUUUCAAAACUGUACGGUAUUUAGAUAUAAAAACAAUAAACAAGAAUGGCAUGUUAAAAUAUAGUAUAAUCUUUACAUUUGGAUUCAACAUUGUCAUCAGCCUACAGUUUGGUGCUGCGGUGCGAGGAAGCAUUUUGAAGUUUCUGUAACAUUGGCAAAUGUUGCAGUGCGAUAUGCAAAUGUAUUUUUCUAUGAAGGUCAAUUAACGUUGAAUGUCACAGUAAAGGAGGAUUAUGUAGUUUUCUGAAUAGUCAAAUGUAACAGCCAGCAGUCAAGGGGUUAAAUAAGCAUUUAUAGUACAGUACAGUACCUGAUUCUCAAAACAUAUUACUAAAAGAGGUUGCAUCCAAAGAGUCUAAUAAAUUUCUUCACUUUAAAGCCAGCAAUAUUUGCUCCCUGGUGAAGUUAGCCAUUACUAAUUUUUUAAAUGUGAUUUAUUCUUAUUCAGAAUUGGUGCAAUUUAUAUUAUCUAAGAUUAAAAUCUAUAAUGUAAUACUCAAGUAUGCUACAGUAAUAGAUCCUAUUUUAUGCAGUAAUUUUGGCAUACAAAUACAUUGUAGUUGUAUUUUUAUGAUCCCCCCCCCCAUUACAUUGUAGAUCACUUAAUUUUUGUAAAAUAUAUUUGCAAUGAAACAUUUGCUGCUAAUUACACAAUUAAAGACCAUUAAAUUUUUGUCUUACUUUGAAGCUCUUUUUCUCAGUUCUUAAUUUUUUCAUAUACAGUAUUCACCUAGUUGUGCUUGGGUUGGGUUGAGCUCUGCUCUUUCGGCCCGCCUCUCAACUGUCAAUCAACUGUAACUAAUUACUAUUUCUUUUUCGUUGUAAGCUUCGUACAGCAACUCUCACUUUAACUUUUACUUCCAUGACCUUAUUCACGGGGACUAAAAUAUAUGUCUCUACAUGUAUGGUUACAUAAUGCUUGUACCGCUUGUCUGUUGUCAAUCUAAGAACAGAAUACAGUAAUGUCUAGUGUUCCAUUUUGCAGUUAUCUUGUGCAGCAAACUAUUCCCAUAUAGUCUCCCUUACUUAUUAAACAUUCCUUGGCUGGCAGCUUGACCUCUGAUGUAACUAAUUAUAAAUAAAACAAAGUUCAAUCUAUAUACAGUUAUACUACUAAGACUCAUUCUCAACAGUUUUGUUAAAAGAUUUAAGCUGCUAGAUGAGUGUAUUUAUCACACACCAAAGUUCUGGCAGCUGUGAAAGGUACCAUUUCAGCUUUGUGGCAUGUCUGUUUAUGCCAGAAUUUUAAAGUCAUUCCUUUUCUGUUUUUAUUAAAAAUUAAGCAAAGUAAAUAGAGAUUAGGUAUAGCUAUAUAUUCAAAGAGACUCCUUGGAUGUGAUCAUUAUUUCUCUAGCAAGAUUUUAUAUCACCAUAGCAAUAUUUUCCCAUUUGUUCAAUUAUUUGUGUAGAAAAAGUAAUAAAAUAUAUGGAAGAUUUCCAGA